AUGAAUGAUUUAGCAAGCAUACUCAUUCCAGGUCCCCCAACAUGCCAGUUGCUUGAAUUUCAAGAAUCCCUGGUUGAAGGCUCGCACCUUAGCCUCGUUGCUUCUUAUGCUGGAGGGUACGCCUCUACCAUUGCUAUUACUUCUUACCAGUGGUGUUCCCUUUGCAUCCGUUACAAUGAAGGGGACUGCUCAGGUGAUUGGUUUAGAAUGAAGGGAGAUGGUCAUAGCGAGAAACUUCAUGUAGGAGAAUUUCCAGAUUUCACACUCGAUGGUGUUGGACAUCGCUUUGCACCUAUCCAUGAUGAUGGCUUAAAGGGAUCCCCUAAAACAAUUGUUUCUUAUUGCAUUGCUCCUGAUAUUUAUGGAAUUAUGAUGUUUCACAAUUCACCAAUGCAGUAUGAAGGUCGAGAAGAUUGGUUAAGGGAUGUAUGGAGUGGUCUACAGGGCCUGCUAGAGCAGGAAGAUGAGGGCAUACCUAGCAUGACUUUUAGAGAGAUAUCUCUUUUGAAAGAGAUGAUUCAUGGGAAUAUUGUGCGCAUUCAUCCAAUUCCUCCUAUUACUAUAUUUUGUGUUCCAAUGAAGGAAAAUUCGAUGAGAAUUUUUAAAAUUCUGGAAAAAUAUUCCUUCGCUGAAGAGAGAGAGCACCGGCGGCAGAAUGAGAAAGGCAAGAACGGGAAAGGCCCAGAUGCUGCUUAUUCCGGUCUUCUAGCCAAUGCUAGGUGCCAUUGCUACUUAGGGGCGGCACACGGCCUACGGGGCCCGAUCCAGCAGAGACUGGUCUAUGAACCGAGGGGUGAGGAAACUUUUGCUGAAUACACAGCAAUAAUUGCUUUUGAGAGACCACUGUUGAGUGUUGUGGCUUAUGCGCAAAGAAUUCUUCUCUCCGAGAGAAAGAAUUCGGGAGGCAGCACGGCUGGACCAUUAGGACAAUAUCUUAUCACUUAUAUCCAUUUUUAUUUCCAUAUGGUCAAGUUGGCUUGCAUCAAGGCAAUAAAAAAAGAUCAAACCUAG